AUGAACGUGAGCUCAGCCUUGGGCCUUCCCAAGGUUCUCCCCACUGAGAAGGACUUGCCUUCUCUCCCCACAGUCGACACGAGGAAGAAGCGAAAGCAGCCGAAAGCCAAGCCGGCGCUCCCUCACAGACGGAGUCAAGGUUCGAGGUGGAAGAAGAGCGGAGGCUGGCAGAAGAUGCUUUGGAGCAGCGGCGAGAAGUCGAAGCGCGACGGAGCUGGUUCGUUGUCUUUUCUCCAUUCUCGACUGAGCGCCGGCGGCGAGGGCCAGCACAGAGGAGGGCCUGAGGGGCCUCCGUCGGAGCUCGAUGAGUUGGUCGCGCUCUGUCAAAGGAUCGAGGAGGAGUGCUUUGCUGCCGACCACGAGGAGAAGGAAGAAGAGACAGACGAGUUCCUGGCGGUGAAAAAGCGAAUGGAAGACACCAUUCGAAACACGCACAUGCUUAUCGAAGAAAGACGGACAAUACGCGCCGCCAAAGGUACGACCCUGGAGACUGUUCGCCUAGGCGGAGAAAUUGAUGAUAAUCUCUCGCUUCUCCGCGAACUGUUUGAAGAGCUUAGUACGAUCUACGGUCAACAGUUCAAGGCACGGAAAAAGAAGAACUUGAGUGAUGAGGACAUGGAGGAACGGCAUGCCGAUAUCAAUCGGCUUAUGCGCGCCAUCGAGGAGCUUCGGCGGGACAGCAAGCGCACAGCGUCCUCCCACGGAGGCGGCUCGCAGAACGCGCGUCUGCGGACGCUCACGGAGCUCCAGUCGGGCUCUUUUGCACUCCAGCGGAACGGGGUCUCCGAGAGGCCUAUCACCGCGGUGUGGGGCGAGGCGGUCGAUGGAGACGGGGGCAGCUCGCCCGCGGGGCGCGGCCCGCAGGUUGAGGAAGUCUCUGAGGAGGACCGGGCGACCAUGAAAAGGUGGAAAGCGAGAGACGAGGAAUUCGACAAGCAAGUGGAAGAAAUAGGAGAUGCCAUCGACAGAAUCGCACACGUCGCAGUUCAAAUUGGAGAGAAUGCAGAUCUUCACCAUGAGUUGAUUCAGAACGUUCACGGGCAGACAGAUCAAGCGGCAACUGAAAUUCAGCAUCUAAACGCGAAGGUCAAGGGCAUUCUCGGCAAACAAAGCAACACGACAUUCUUUACUCGUCUCCUUCUCAUUGUCAUUCUUGUUUUCCUCAUCUGUUUUGUUAUCUCGACAGUGUACGCGAGAUACAUAAAGAAAGCCUAA